GCGCACGUCUGUGGGGCCCCCUGCAUGCUCCCGUAGGAGUCUGCCCGACAAACAAUCAAUACCCCAUGGCUGGUCCCGGCAGCUCAGCUGGAACCCCCCGUCGGAACAAAACGGUGAACCAGCGCAAUGGUUCUCGAUGAACAUGCGAGCUACGUCUCCCCCGUAGACCUCAUGGACGCAUCCCAACCCCGUAAGCGCCCACGGCCGGUCGUGUCGUGCCUGCGCUGUCGAGAGAAGAAGCUCAAGUGCGAUAGAAGCAUGCCGUGUCAGAACUGCACUAAGUCGGGCUGUCCGUCCGACUGCAUGUACAACAACCAGAGCCCGGCGAGUCAGGAUGUCCUGCCCAGGGCUAAGCGGGUGCAUCUCGGCUCGGAGGCCGUCGACCAGCAUGCGGACCCUCGAGGGGAGUCGGGGCGGAACGCGGGAGUUGGCCUCAUAGAGGAUCUCCAGCUCCGGCUGGCCAAGUUGGAGGACCUUCUUUCUGUCAAAACACCGGCGAAUCUGGUUUCGUCGAGAGACGGCUCGGUUCGAGGCGCUAGCCCGCAAUCAACCGGCAUCGCCCAACCGGCGAGCCCGCCGCCAUUCCAAGGAACGGUGGUUGUCAAAGGAACUCGAACAAGAUACCACGGCCAGAAUGACAGAAUCUCUCUUUUAAACCAGUUCUCCGAAGCAAAAGAGUUCAUCGAACAGUGUACCAAGAAUUCCGCCGUGGUCGGAUUAGCCAAGGAAGUGCAGUUUCUCCAGAGUAAAUCUAAGUCGUCGUUGAGUUCGCCAGAGUCAAUAUCGGAUCUAGAAAGCUCACCCGAGCUGCUGCAGCUUCGCAUUUGUCUCCCCCCAAAGGGAGUGUGCGAUCGGUUAUUGGAGUUGUACACGUUCAGCUUUGAGAAGAUCCUGAGGGUUCUCCAUGUUCCUACUUUCAUGCGCCAGUACAGCGAGUUUUGGGCCGAUCCUGAUAAUGAAAGACAUCAAUCCAGUGGCUUUCUCCCGCAGCUGACGGCUGUAUUGGCAGUUGCGCUACCGUUGGAAGACCAGAGCUUCAAAACGGAACAUCCUCUGUCAUGGGAAUAUUUGCACAUGCCUGCAGUCAACUUUGUCCGACUGUGGCUGCGGAAACUCGGCCGCAAGGAACGGACGGAAAUUGCAACGCUGCAGGUGGAGGCGCUCAUUGCACUCGCCCGUCGUCUACGCCUGGUGACCCCUGAAGAACUCUGGAGAGACACAGGGGCCCUGGUCCGCUCUGCGAUGGUCAUGGGUCUGCACUUGGAUCCCACCAGAUUUGCGGAGUUAUCGGCCUUUCAGAUUGAGCAACGGCGUCGACUAUGGGUCACAGUCGUUGAGAUGGACCUCCAGGCGUCGAUCGCAUCUGGCAUGCCGGUCACGAUUCCCGAAAUCGAUUUUGGCCCUCUUGUUCCAGCCAAUCUGAACGAUACGGACUUUGAUGAGUUGGCCGUUGAGCUUCCGCCUUCCAAAGGCUUGCAUGAAUGGACCGACUCCCUCGCCCAGAUCACAUUAGCCAUGUCCUUGCCCCAUCGCAUCAGGGCCAUGAUGCUGGUCCGGAUCGUCAGUUCGAGGAUGGAUCUGAGCGAGAUUGUCAAGCAAGGACGACGGUUGGAAGAGUGUUUACAACAGGUCCCGUCGCCCUUGAGACUCGAUCAAGCCCCAAACAGCGGCGACAGUCCCAUGAUGCUGUUGACUCGCGUCCUCCUGGACGUCUACACCCGCAGACCCCUCCUCUGUCUCUACCGGCCCAUCGUCAUAGGCGAGGACCGUGACGAUCGAGCGUUCUCUGAAAUCCAGCAAUCAUGCCUGGAAUCGUCCCUGGUCGUCUUAUCAUAUCAAGACUACUUCGACCCAAGCGUGGCCGAUCUGGAUGUUUUCAACUCGACCUCUUACUGGGACGUCUUCCAACUCUGCUGCAAGAAAGAUAUCCUGUGGGCGGCACUGAGCGUCUGCGGAUACAUGAAGCUAUCGACUCAACAGUCGACCGCCUUCACUCCGCCCCCUCACCCCCAGCCCGGUUCCUUUCCCACCCCCCGGGCCGCAGCCUACACCAAGGCCAGCCUGACUCGGAUCGUCGAAAACACGCUCGACGGACUGACUCGCCGAAUCAGCGAAGCCGGCAGCAACCUCAAAGACGUGCUGCUCCUCGCCGUGGUCCUGCAAUCGGCGCGCGCUCGCGGGUCAGGCCACAUGAAAGAACAGUGGAUGCAGCAGGGGGCAAUGAAGGCUUUGUCUGCGUGUCGGCAGCAUCUACUCCUCUCGACGACCGACCAGUCGCUUGCGUUGAACCAAACCGACUUUGCGCAGAUGCUUCAAUCCAUGCAGCCCAUGCUUCCAUUCGCUGAGUCGCAAUUCCCACCUACUUCUCAGCCUCAGCCUCAAUUACCCGAUUUUCUCGCCGAUUCGUCCGCUUUGGCUACCGAGUUUAGUAAUUUCCAGGGUGAUCCGUUUAUAUUUGAUGAUGAGUCUUUUGCGGGAUACUUAUAACGUUGAUUGUUCUACGGCUUGUAUUUAUAUGGCACACUGUGGUGUCUACUAACU